AUGUUGGUCCAGAGCGCGACGGAUUUGGGAGAUGCUGGCAAUGGCAUUUACACUGCUGGUAGUGCGUUGACGAUCCUGAAGACUCUGCUAAGACACUCUUUCGCGUCCAGUGGCACCUUGUCGAGCGGCGGUGCUGACCCUGCUACCCAACAGCUCGGAGCUCAGGUUGUUCAGCAGACGUUCGAGCCUCUGGUGACUGUUCUUGGCGCUGUAGAGGACGAGAAGGUGCUUAAUGCUGGCUCAGAAUGCCUCAAGUGGUUCGUCAUGUUUGCCGUGGACCCUCUGGCCGCGUACACCACUGCUGCUGGCACCAACGGCAUCGACACGACACUCUCUGUCUCUGCCAAGUUGUUGUCUCCUGCCGUCUCUGAUGCCAGCGCUACGUGCGUCGGUGGAUUGAUUACGCAGAUACUGCUCAAGCUCGGUCCCAGUCUACCUACUGCGACGGUGCAGUCAAUCCUUAGUGCUGUCUGUGCUCGACUGGCGGCGACUGAGUUGCCGUCUCUGGCUCAGUCUCUUUGCAUGGUGUUUGCUCGUCUCGUUCACUCUCACGGACCUGAAAUCCUGAACGUAUUGGAGCAGUUGCCGCCUCCUGCUGCCCCCGCUGGUCAGACUCAGGCUCCGAACAUGCUGACGUUUGUGUUCCGCACUUGGAUCGAGAAACAGCAGGAUUUCUACGGACUGUACUGCAUCAAGGUGACGAUGAGUGCUUUGCUCAAGGUUGUCGAGUGGAACGAUCCUCGAAUCAAUGCCAUUACGGUCACUGGUAGCGCUGUGGACUCGGCAAGCACCGAUGGUGCGGGUAUCCGGACGCGAUCGAAGGCUCGAAGCACUCCUGCUAGCGGCCAGACGCAGCACACGACGGUGCACUUCUUGACCAAGUUUGUUGUUAUCCUCGCCAAGACAAUGUCCAACUUGGCAGAAGAUGAAGAAGAGUGGGAAUCAUCGGAUGAUGACUCGUCCGAUGGCGAGGGUGACGAUGACGUUGUCUCCGGCGCUGGUGGAUCCUCGGUGUUCGCUCCUGCUGAGAAUUAUGAGCUUCUAUCGGACCGCCUGGAUGGUGAUGGUGCUGUGGAAGUUCAUGAUGGCGAAGAGCCCGAGGAAGAGUUUGAGGCGUACUUUGACCCGCUUAAUGAGGUGGACUUGAAGAAUGCUAUUCCUCAGGCGCUGCAGAAUGUCACGGCCAAUGCCAGUCUGCUUCAGGCUAUUAUGCCCGAGCUGACUGCUGCCGAUAAGGAAGCACUCGCUGCGGUGUCGGCGCUCUCGUCGUAGACUUCAAAGAUCUGUGAGCUCGUCUUCACUCAUCCUGAUCUGGUGCUACAACGCCCUUGUUAAAGAAAAUCUCAC